GAUUAAAUGAAAACUAUUUUUUCUGACUGUGUGCGUCUGCAGCUUUUUUGCGAUUUGUUUUGCAAGCUUUACUUCAUAGGAUAAUUAGCCUUUGAUUUUCCUUGAUUUCUCCUUUUAGCCCGCUCAAAACAGCCACACCAGCUCUUAAAAUAAGAACAAAAGUUUUGGUUUUGCCUUGUAGUUUGUACAAAGUCCUCAUCCCGCUGGGAUUAUCAUUUAUCUUGGGCUCGUCAAUCUCACAUCUUUUUGUUUUUUAUGUUGCUUGUUGUCUUUUAGGAGCUGAACUGAGAUGCCAGAGUCUCCUCUAAGUCCCACGGCGGCCCGCCAAACCCCCGCCAGCUCCCUGCUCAGCCACACAGACGCUGGAGCGGAGAGAGCGGCUGAUGGGGAAUCCUGCAGAGGAUUGAGGGUUGAAAGCUGGCAAAGCCUCCUCCAAAAACAGGCCUUGUUGUCUAUGAUGGCUCCUCAGCAGAUGAAGCAGAUUCUGUCUCCAAACCAGCUGCAGGCUCUGAUCCUCCACAAGCAGCAAGCCCUCCUGCUCUACCAGCAACAUCUGAGGGAGCUUUACAAGAAAUACCAAGAACAGAAUGAUCGUCUUCAGCAAGAGUCCAGCAAGAAAAUGAGAGAGCUGCCUGCAGAUCAACUGAUAUUCCAGCAGCUUCUUCAGCUCCAGCAGCAGCAGCUGCUUCACACUCAGAGACUGGCCUCUCCAAACCCGUCUUCAGGCUGUCUCAGUGCUGCAGAGAUGCAGCAGAUAUGGAGAGAGCUCACAUUUGGAAUGUAUGAAGAGAAAAACACCAAAAGGGACAAUCAGGACUCUGCAGCUCAGACGAUGUCAGCCAAAGACUUGUGGAGACUGACUGGAGAGCAGCUCCUGUCUUCAGGCGCGGCAGAAAGCACUGGUUCAGGUGAUGAAGCUGCUGCACUCUUUAGUAACGGUGUGUGUAACUGGCCUGGCUGCGAGUCCGUCUGUGGAAACUUCACCCAGUUCAUCAAGCACAUGAGCAGUGAGCAUGCUCUGGACGACAGGAGCACGGCUCAGUGCAGAGUCCAGAUGCAGGUGGUUCAGCAGCUGGAGCUUCAGCUCUCCAAAGAACGUCUGCGUCUCCAAGCGAUGAUGGCCCACCUUCAUCUGCCUUCCUUAAAAGGAGCCCAGUCCUCUGACCCCGCUGUGGAGCUCUGUGGACCAAAGGUGUCCCAACAACCUCUGGGUCCGGUCGGCUCUCGAUCCAAGACGAGCGAAGAGGACUCGUUGGCUGUCAGAGCGAGCGCCGGGGCCAUCAGACGUCCCCAUCACCAGCUGAUCUUCUCUUUGUCUUCAGAAAAUGAAUACGAGCUUUACAAGAGCGCAGACAUCAGACCACCGUUCACCUACGCAACUCUGAUUCGACAGGCUAUCAUGGAUUCAUCGGACAUGCAGCUAACCCUCAACGAGAUUUACAACUGGUUCACGAGGACGUUCGCCUAUUUCAGAAGAAACGCUGCCACCUGGAAGAACGCCGUCCGCCACAACCUGAGCCUUCACAAGUGUUUUGUUCGAGUGGAGAACACAAAGGGAGCCGUGUGGACGGUGGAUGAGACGGAGUACCAGAAGAGGAGGCUGCAGAGGAUCACAGGAAGUGCAUCUCUGAUGAAAGCCGUCUCCUCAAAGCCAACCUUUGGGAAAAGUCUGCACACCAGCUUACAGAUCACAGUGUUCACGUUCUCUGCAGGCUUCACUGGGACAGGCCCCACUGCCCAGAUUCAGGAAGCAGAGUCUGAGCGGCUCCUCGAGGCGUCAGUUCCAGGAGCAGAGAGCCGCAGACGACAGCAGCCUCAGGAAGCAAAGCCAGCGGGACUUUUUUAACGAAGAGGAGGAGCUGAACGACCAAGAAUGUCUGCUGACGGUGGUAAAGUCCAUCAGCCAGCAGGACAGCGCAAAAAAAGACGAUGACUAACAACUGUUUGACCUCGAAUGACCCCUCUCAGCCGGUGUUCUCCAUUUAAAAGAACUGAAAACCCAAAAGGGUUUUUCAGUCAAAUUUAUGGAAUGUUGAAGGCUUUUCUGAAUUUGAAAACCUGAAAGAUUUAAAAAUAAAUACAGACAAAAAUGCAGCAAAAACAUCUGCAGUAAAAACAGUGAAAGUUUAGAAGAAAAAGAAGGAAAGGAUGUCACACUCUGUUUAAUUUCUGAAGGAUGUUUUUAAAGCAUAACUGCAGUGAUGUGUAAAUUAGAAAAAAAAAUAUGAAUUCAGGAAACAAAUGAAUCUGAAUAUUUGCAUAAUGUGUUAAAAACUACUGUUGUGAGUACAUUCAUGUUUUUUAUGUAAUAGACAUUAUUCAGACUUUCAAAAUAAGAGUAAAACAGCUGGAAUUGUUUAUUAUAACAUAUGUAAGCAUCUUUCAUCUAAAUAAAUAAGAAAAUGGCUUCAGACGGCCAUGAAAACACACUAAGAUUAAAUGUGGUCAUCUAAAGUACAGCUAUUUUAAGCUUUGUAGCUUUUCCCUAAAAUGUACCUGUUUAAAACACGCAUUUGAUUGUUUAUGCGUAAUCUGAAUAAAGUCUGCUGAAAGAAACUCUGUUUACAAAUUCAAAGAGCAUCUGUGUGGUUGUUUUCUACCUUUAUUCCUUUAAAGAUCUGAAAUAUGUUUUAAAUGAUAAGUAGUUAAGAGUGUAAGCAACUAUUUAUAUUUGUUGUGUAUGAAUUUAUGUGUUUUCCCUGUAAUAAAGAUACUGCUGCCAUUAAGAGCAGACACUUGCUGUUUAUCUGUGCAGAUGAAUAAAGAACAUGAAAAAUU